AUGCGCUUUGUUCCACCUCUGGCUGCCCUUGGUCUUGCAUUUACCAUCUGUUUUAUUUGCGGUUGUAGGCCACAAAACUUAGGCCCGAUGACAUUUUUGAAUAACCACAAUAAAUACAGAGUGAUGCUCCGAGAGGGGCGCGUCCUUGGGCAACCAGCCGCUAAAAGCCUUCAAAACCUGACUUGGAGUUCGCAGCUGGAAGAUGAUGCGAAGACCUGGGCAAUGAAUUGUCAGUUCACACAUGCUACUGUGGGUGAGAACCUUGCCAUGUCAACUGGUAUCAAUCAGGAUCCCGUAAAAAUGUGGUUCGACGAACACGAACAAUACAAGUUUGGACCAAUCAGUAUGGAAAAAGUUGCGCAAACGGGUCAUUACACGCAGCUUAUUUGGGAGGACACCAGAGAACUUGGUUGCUACCGUCAUUUGUGUGACGGAGUCCCUCUGAGUGGCGGUCAAAGGAUGAAGAACGCAUAUUACACAGUUUGUCGCUAUUCACCACCCGGCAAUUACGUUGGCCAAGAGCCUUACGAAGUUAGUCUGGGGCGCCGUGAAGGCAGCAACUGCAGUGAAAUUCGACAAGCCAGCAGGUCGCCAGGAUGCUAUGAAGCGAUCCAAAGCAAACGGCAUAGGAUUAGGAUGAAAAACGGCUCAGCUGUAACACCCUUUCCGUGCCUAACUUGCAUGCCAUCAGUAGGAAACACGAGGGCUGGAAUACUGCCUGGUCGCUCAAACAUAGACAAAAGUUGGGAUGCAGAGGACAGGUUCGAACCACGGACCGUCCGGUCAGUGAAUUCACACUCUAAUCACUGA